GAGGGAGGUGGGGUAGGCUGGUGAGUUCGUCUUACACCCGCUGCCCACCGACAUCUUUCCCCAAACCUUGUAGGGUACCCAAAACCUUGUACUCCCAUCCCCAUUCUCCUGUCCGGCAGCUCGAUUUGCGAAAUACGCAUUCCAAGAACCGCGAGGUGCCUAUCCAAUCCCCUCCUCUCGUGCCAUGGAUGAAUCUGAUGAGCACAGCAACGGCAAUGGCGGCGGUGGCCACCACCACCACGGUUACGAGUGGAAGUUCCCGGCGGCGCUGUCGGCAAACACCACGAGCGUGCACGUGACAGCGCUGGACGGCGUGGUGAACGUGAACUCGCUCUUCACGGUGGCCGUGUUCGUGGGCCUCUCCCUGGCGACCCCGGGGCAACUGCACAGCCUAGCCGGCGACCCGUCCUGCGACGCCGGGCCCGGGAUGGCCCGGUCCCUGCUGGUGCUGGAGGUGGUGGCCUUCUCGUCUUUCCUCUUCUCCAGCCUGGUGGCGCAAGGCCUGAAGCUGGCGCUGAACCUCAUCAACUCCAAGGACCCGCACGACGCAAUACGCGCCCACAUCGACGCCCGCGUGCUCCGCCUCGGGAUGCUGGCCUCCGCCGUGGGGUCCGUGGUCGGGUGUGUGUUCCUGAUGGUGUCCAUGGUGAUGGUCGUGCAGAUCCGGCUCGGCACGCUGGGCUGCGCGAGCAACCGCGCCGCCGCCAAGGCCGCCGCGGGGCUCGUGGGGCUCGUCACCACCGCGCUCGCCGUUUACGUGGGCACCGUCUUCUACACCUUCACCCACUGACCGAUGACGACGACUGCUGUUGGUCGAUGUUAGGUAAGCGUAGAGUUUGUCAUCUUGCAUUGCUGCGUCCUGAGUACUUUUAUGAAACGAAGUUGUUUGGUUUUGGGGGACAUUUGUUUGUGAAUAUACUCCAAGUCUGUGCUACUGUCAGAAAUUGUCGAGCUCAGCUCACAUCAUUUUGCGGUUGUUGAUCUUGCAAAGGA